AAGGCCCUUCAACCUUGACACACUCGCCUGCUCAAACUGUGGUGGCGAUCGUGACAUUACAUCCAAACAAUUUCCUUCAUACAUAGCAAAACUAAGGUUCUCCCUACCAACAACCUGUAUUACAGUAGUGCACUGAAACAACCUGACUCAGUCCAUCAUCAACCACAGCCUCGCUCUCUACCGCAGCCUCACACUCGACCGCGGCCUCGCUCUCGACCGCGGCCUCGCUCUCGACCGCGGCCUCGCUCUCGACCGCAGCCUCGCACUCGACCUGCAGCCUCGCACUCGACCUGCAGCCUCGCACUCGACCUGCAGCCUCGCACUCGACCUGCAGCCUCGCACUCGACCACAACCUAACCCUAGAGGUUUUCGAUUUAUUAAUCGAAGCGAAACUUGAGACAAUGGAAGCAGCCUUGGAGAAGAUCCUUGCUAAUCCUGGCCUGGGGUUGCUGCUGCUGGAUGAUACUAACCGUGGCGUGGCAGAAGAUGUGGAGCAGCUGCGGCAGGAGGUCUCUCAUUCUCAGGAGGUUUGGAAAUUAGAAAGUGAAACACACAAACGCAACACUGAAUAUGUAUCAGAUAUGACACAGAUGCUGGACAAUAUACAGAAAUUGGUGCUUGCACACCACCAAGAUAUUGAAUUUGAAAAUAAACAAGAGAAAGCAGCAAGCAGUGAAGCAGAUGGCAUUGUACGACAGUGCAGAAUGAAACAGGCAGAUUUGGCCAAUAUCCACGAAGCCUCAGAACUGCUAGACACCCAUGUAACUCAACGGAAACGAGAACUUGAAGAUUUACAAAAGAAUUUGAUAGGUGACUCCAGUUUGCUAAAGGAAUUACUGGACCACUUAGCAGAAGUUGAUAAUGAUAAUUUGUUGUUAUUGCAGUAUUCUGCAGAGGAUGCCUCCAAAAUUAAGGAGCUUAGUGUUGCUCUGGAGCGUAUUAGUGGAGAAGUAGCAGCCAGCGAGGCAGAACUGUCCAGUGCUCAGGCAGAAGCAGCAGCCGCACAGACGGCUUUGGAUCAACUUGGUACAGCUUUUCUACAUGCAGCUGCACAUCGUGAUCACCUCUUGGCCCAGUGGGAGAUCACACUUAAUCACAUCUACCAGAAAGCUAAUGAACAGACUAAUUACAUUGAGGAUUCGUUAGCAGUACAGCAGAAGAUUGGGAUACUGAAGGGAGAGGUGAACAAAGAGAACCAAAUUUUGAGGCAAAUUCAGAAUUCACGGCAAGAAGUGGUAGACAAUAUUAAAGUUACUGGAGAGGAAGGGGCAUUUGUUAAAGAACAGUACCAAAGUGUGUUCUCAACUAGAGAACACAUUGAAUCUCAGCUAUGGGCUCUUCAGAAUGCUUUCACUAAAGUCAAUAAAGAAAUUGAAAGCUUAAAUCUUCGAUUGUCUGAACAAGAAGAAUUUCGAAAAGAGAAAGAGGCAUUGCUUGCAAGUAUAGAACAACAAUGCCAAAAAUCGGAGGAGAAGUUGACCAUUAACACGGAACUUGUGUUAUCUACCGAAGAGUCUUUACACUCCUUGGAAGUCAUGAUAAAGGAGGCCGAGGGCCUGGUGAAGGCCUUAAACAAACAGAAGGAGAGGGUGAUGGAAGCAGAGUUGCAUCAUAAGAAAGCUGUGGCCAUGUGGCAGCAACAGGAGGCUACAAUAAAAGGAGAGAUAACGGCGUUACUUUCCACAAAGACUCGGAACUUGACAUACAUAAAGGAACUAGAUGGCAGAGCAGUGAAACAAAAAGAAGUACUUCAUGACCAGGAAUUAAACAUGCAGCAGCUUCGUCGACACAUCCACGACCUUACUCACGACGGCAACAACAACGUUGUCAGUGCCGACCAACAGAAACAUUUGGAUCUUUUAAAUCUGCGGCUUCAGGAGGUUUCUGCUACAAUUAAGAUACUUUCAAAACAACUUGUGAUUCUUAAGAAUACACGAUCUAGGGAACAGGCAAAUUUGUCACAACUCGAAAAAUAUUCUCAGAAACUAGAUGCAGAUGUAUCUACAGUCAAGAUGGCUAGCAAGAGUGCAGAAAGAGAACGGGCAAAACUGGCAAAUAGUUGUGAGGAGUUGAUGGUGGAUGUGAGUUUAACGCAGCUUCAUAUUCGGCAGCAAAUGAGACAUCUCCAGGCCAUUAUGAAAAAGACAUCACUACUCUCACAAGAUAAGACAGAUAUGGAAAAGCUAGUAUCGCACCAAAUCAGCAGUGUGAAGAACCGCAUUGAUGAAGCAGACAAUAACCUUAGGAGCCUGAGCAGUGAAAUGCACAGACUAUCGUUGCAGUUGCAUGAUGUCACAACCAGAAUCCUUCAACUGAAAGACAAGCACAUGAAAAUCAAAUGCAGCAUUGAUGUCUCAGAAGGUGAUGAAGUAUCUACAACACAUGUUUUUCUUAAGGUGGCCAAUGAGCGCGCAGGAUUGCAAGAAACGGGAGAUUUGCUGGAUCUAGAAGUAAGAAGGGCAGAGGAAGAGGUGGAAGCAUUACAGCAAAUGGUCGCUCUUAUCAGCAUUGAAGGCCAACAGUAUCGGUCACAGCUGCACGAUAUUCUCUAUCAUAGUGAGGAACAGAAAGAAAGGGUGGUUCUUGAAGAAAAUCUUGGUGCACUGGAGGAAGAGAUAUUGGUCUGGCAAACCUUGUUAGAGCAAGCACAGAAAGAUUUGCAGGGUACUCAAGAUAGGCUUAAUGAAGUGGAAUUACAAGUACAUGCUGUGGAAGAACUUUUACGAGAAAAGAAUAUACACAUGACUGCAGUUCAGCGUGAAAUAGAGAUUCAGCACACAAAGGUUCGGCAUGCUACCCUUGCUGUCUCAACUCUUCAGUGGAGGACUAGAAGAAGAUCUUUGCAACAGUAUGAUAUAGAGCUACGGUUAGCCCAAGAGCGUCUGCGUAUGAUAAAUUCUCUGCUUGGAGAUGCAGUGUCAUUUCAUCCAGAAGCAAGUGAAGCAGUUGUCAUAUACUGCCAGCAAGUCAAUAUUCCUCCCCCUGAUGUGACAAAGCUAACCAAAAAGGAAUCAUUUGGAUCCAGAUCAAGCAUUGGGACUUUACAGUCAUCUCAAAGUAGUAGUGCUAGUCAGCCAAGAAGUAUAUCCCCCGAUGCAGCAUCCUGGAAAUCUCCCAGUCACCAUCUAUCCCUAUCGUCACUCCAGUCUGAGGAUUCGGGAAGAAGUGGAUCACCUCACCGUGCCAGUGUAAAAACCAGGAGGAGUAGCAGUGAAGUAAGAGUUGCAGGCAUGAAGCAUACACCCAAGGCUAGAAUAACAGUGUUAAAUCCAAGUUUUCCAGCGAGAGAGCUAAAACGACCUCAGUACCAGGGAAAGAAGCUUGUAAAGAGGCCUACUACCCAUUUAUAAGCUCUUAUAUUAUAAAUUGUGUGUGUAUAUCACGAAAAUAAACACGUGAUUAAGAAUGUGACAAUGUCAGACCACAGAGGAAAAAUGAAACAGGAAAUUUCCUUAAGUACUUUCGUAUAUCAAAUACGGACCUUCUAAAUAUUUGGACCUUCUGAAGAUGUAUUUAAUAUACGAAAGUACUUGAGGAAAUUUCCUGUUUCAUUUUUCCUCCGUGGUCUGACAUUGUCACAUUAUAAAUUGUAUUGAUGAAAAGAUUAUACUUCAAAAAGUAUUCAUUGUUGCAUGUCCAGCAAAGUAUACCUUAUUGCAUAAAUUGUAUAAAUAUUCACAUUUUAGAAAAAUGAUCACAUUACAGUACUGUAGGUCUAAGUGAUUUGCGUACAGUAUAUUUUUCUAGUUAAAGAAACUGCAAUAAGGGAAACUACACUAAUUAUGCACUUGUAUGGGUUUUUGUAUACACCUACUUAUAUAUUAAUUUUUGUGACAUAAUUUGUUAAAAUUUUAAAUACAAGUAGGACAAAAAAAUGAAGUAUGUACUGUACAGUAUGUUAUUUAUGCAACUAUUUUCAAGUUUUCAUUUUGUCACAUGCUGGAUAUCAGCAUGUGACAAAAUGUCCUUGUUUGGUAACGUUACAAAAAGUCUAGUCGUGUAGUUAGGGAAGAGAGAGGGGGAGAAUGUAAUUCAAGCCAUCACUAAGACAAACUCACUCUCAUACAAAAGAAUGCACACUGGUCAACAUCCUUGGCUCAGAAUCAAAGAACCCAGAUUUAAUCAAUGGUUAAAACAAAGAAAACAAAGGUUCAUGCUAAACGGGAAUGAAUCUGGAGAAAUGUGAGUGGCGGUAUUUUGGGACCAAGCCUUUUUGCCGUAUGCUACAUCAAUGACGUAGAUGAGAAUAUUACAACCACAUCAUCAAAUUU